AUGCCUCUGAUUGCAACUACGCUGAAAUACGCCAACCAGUUCCGGGAAAUGUCUGGCCUCGGAGUGAACCAGACCUGGAAUGAGAUAGCAAAAAAUGUGCAAGUAUCCAGAGAUCCAGGUUCUCAAAUCACGUUGGAAUAUACGACUAUGAAUGGAAGCACGCAGGUGAAGCAGGCAGACAUUGUCCUAAAUACCUUCCCACUGCGCUAUACCGAGGACUAUACACAUGAUAAUGCCCUGCGUGACCUAGACUAUUAUGCGGCAAAGCAAUCACCAAACGGACCAGCAAUGACAUAUGCCAUCUUCUCCAUCGUUGCCAACGAGGUAUCUCCAUCGGGCUGUUCAGCGUAUACCUAUGGGCAAUAUUCGUUCAGCCCGUAUGUUCGAGCCCCCUUCUUCCAGUUCUCGGAGCAACUGGUGGAUGACUGGUCUAUCAACGGAGGAACACACCCAGCGUACCCAUUCCUUACAGGCAAUGGCGGAGCCAACCAGGUUGCGGUGUUUGGCUACCUGGGUCUACGCCUGAUACCUGACGGGAUACUGCACUUGAACCCCAACCUGCCUCCUCAAAUCCCUCAUAUACGGUAUAGAACCUUUUACUGGCAUGGCUGGCCGCUUGAAGCCAGCGCCAACUACACGCAGACCACGAUCCAGCGAGCCACUAACCGACGACCGCUCGCCAGUGCUGAUCCAAAGUACGCUAAUUCCCCUAUUACCGUACAUGUCGGAUCAGCAAACAACAUUACGGUGUACUCGCUGCCUCCAAGCGGACAGCUGGUUAUCCCCAACCGCCAAAUUGGCUCUAUCAACACACUUGCAGGCAACCUUGUCCAGUGCCAGCCGGUGUUCUCCCCCAACGAGUUCGCUCCCGGACAAUUCCCCAUCUCGGCCGUCGACGGAGCAGCGUCGACAAAGUGGCAGCCUCGACGUUCCAGCUCUACCUCGUCGCUAACAGUCACGUUACCGGACUAUGCUUCCUCUGCAACCAUUUCCGGCUUCGCGUUUGACUGGGCCCAGGCACCACCUGUCAGCGCGAAAGUUGUACUACACGACGAACCACUGCAUCCGGUAAUGGAUGCUGAGGAUGGUGACGCCAGUAGCUCUUCGCCCACCACACCCGCCGGUUCCGUGACCGUGUGGGAAUCAGCCAAGGUUCCACUGUCCGAUCCGUAUGACCCGAUCAAAAUCGAUCUCAACAUGAUCAUGUCUUACAAAGGGAACACGACCAACGUGACGCUGCCGUCGACUGUGCCAGCUACGAAGUUUGCGACUCUUCUGAUCAGGGGUAACCAAGCCCUGGGUCCUGUGGAAAUCAGAGCCGGCAAUGGAACCGGUGCAACAGUCGCAGAGUGGUCUAUCGUGCGAUCAUCCUGA